GGAUGGCGUCCGUGGUGUUGCGGCAAUUUCGAAGGGAAUAGUGAGUUUUGAAAAUUUUGACAACGACCUCGAGAAUGGCAGAUAAUCAACAAAGUCGAUUUGAAAAGUCCCUCGGCCUAUUAACAACUCGUUUUGUUACUUUAUUGCAGAAAGCAAAGGAUGGUGUCCUCGACUUAAAAGUAGCUGCUGAUAUUUUAGAAGUACGGCAAAAAAGACGUAUUUAUGACAUUACAAACGUGCUGGAAGGCAUUGGACUCAUAGAAAAGAAAAGUAAAAAUAGUAUCCAAUGGAAAGGUGCAGGUCCAGGUUGCAAUACACAAGAAGUAGGUGAAAAAUUGACAGAUUUAAAAGAUGAAAUUAGAAAACUAGAAGAUCAUGAACAGUUGCUAGAUAUGCACACUCAAUGGAUUCAACAAAGUAUAAAAAAUAUACAAAAUGAUUUAAUUAAUAGAAAAUAUGCAUAUAUCAGUUAUGAAGAUGUGAAGGAAAAUUUUCCUGAUGAUUUUGUAUUAGGAAUCCAAGCACCUGAUGAUACAGAAUUAACUGUACCAAAUAUAUCGCAGAUAUCUGAGGAAGAGGAAAAAGAAGUAAAUUAUGAAAUGUUUCUAAAAAGCAAUACAGAAGAAAUUAAAGUGUAUAUGAUUCAACCAGAAUUAGCUAAGUCCUAUGAUAGCAAAAUAUUAGAAAUGAGAUUACAAGAAGAAGCAAAAGGUACUAAAAGGGUGAAAGAAGAAGAAGAAAAGAAAGAAGAGACUAAUGUUAAACCAAAGAGAAGAGUAGGAAGACCACCAAAAGGAGCUAGUAAACCAGAUCCUGUUAUAUCAGAUGAAGAUGAAGAAGAAGAUGCGGAAUUAAUAGAAGCGAAAAUUGUUCUUCGCGAUGUUAGUACAUCGGAUAUUGCUCACAAAGAUUUAGAACUGUUUGAUCAAUUUUAUUCAGACAUUUAUGGACCAUUAGUAAGGUUAAGUCCUCCACCUAACGAAAAGGAUUAUCACUUUAACCUUAGUGAAAAUGAAGGAAUUUGUGAUUUAUUUGAUAUUGCGGCGAAAUGAGUUGAGCUUUUCUCAAAUGAGGAAAUUGUAUAGUUUAAAUGGCUGGUUGGUGUAUAAAUCGAACAGUGCCAAUAAUGUGCAAAAUCACGUAAAAAAUUUGUUGACAAUUUCCAAAGGCUGUUCUAUGUAUAUAAUUUUAAAGAAUGGAUGUGAAUAACGAUCAUUGGAUAUAUACAGUAUUUUUUUAUUAUUAGAAGUAGAGGAAAUAGAAAAGAAUUACAAAAAUAAAGAGAGAGAGAGAGAUAUUUACAUGGUCGAUUUUUGUUGAAUUUUUAUUGAAUAAUGUAAUGUUUGUAAUGUAAUCUACAAACUGCGUACAAACUAACUUUAUAUGCAUGCAAGACAAAAAAGUUGUUCACUUGUGAUUGUUGCAUAUAAGAGAAAUAAUUUCAUAAAUAAUGAAUUAAGAUUAGCAUUGUUUUUACAAUACACAUAUUUCAUUGAAUUGUGUAAUUUUUUAUGUACACAGUUUUGGAUUGAAAUCAUUCAAACCAAUCUAGGUGUAUAUUACAUUAAUAAUUAUAUGAAUUCAAAACUUGUAAACACACGUAGUAUGAAUAAGGUUUAUUAUGUAGUAUAAGUACUAACGUACUCAUACUCUUUUUAUAAUAUACUUUCCAUAUCGUAUAUAAUACGUUCGUUAUUGCAUUCAAUGACGUUUACUUAAGUUUGUGAAUAUGUAGUUAUUUAAGGAAAAUACAAAGAAGUGAAAAUAUGGUACAAGCAGAAAAGACCAAGAAUCUAUAAUUUACAUUAUAAAAAAAUCACUUUUUCGACGCUGUUGUAUGUGCUGUAUAAUUACGAAAAAAGGAAAAGGAAUUUUUAAUUGGCA